UGUGAUCAAGACGUUAUGACCAGUUGAGGUGAGAGCAUGUGAGGGUCGCAGAGACUAGAAACCAACUUCAGUUAGAUCUCAUAAGUCUCUUUGAAACGGAGGGGAUUUUGAACAGAGACUUUGUUGUCAUGGCGAGGGAUAGGAAUUCCCUUCAGAAGAUGCCUACAGAGCUGGUCAACUUCCUGCCUGUGGACCGACACUGUCCACUCAGAGACCAGAUCACCCAAGGUGUUACUUCUUCUCCACUGAGAGGAGGAGCUGGAGCAGCGAUCGGGUCGACUGUGUUCAACAGGGCGGAGACCUGGUGGUCAUUGACAGUCCAGAGGAACAGGUAGAAAGAGCCCAGUGUAGUGAAUGUGAGGGGAGACAGUGUGUGCCUCCACCCUCAGAGAGACCAACCCUUCUCGGACCUGGAGAAGAGACCUGCAGCAUCAUGUCCGGAUGGAUCUGUGAGAGCCCCGCGCUCAUAUAGUCAGCAUUGCGAUAUAGACACACACAUACACAGAGCACAUUUAUAUGUAGCCUUAAAAUCCUCCAAUAAAAUAGCAUUAAUACAUGAUCGGGCGUGAUUUCUUGUGGCAAUAGCAUAGCGAUGCUGGUCAUAGUACAAGGUGAAAACAACAUGUACAUGAGAGGAUAUUUAUUAGAUAUUCCGGGAAAAAAUUAUCUGAUAGGUCACUAUACUGUUUUGAAUCUGCAAUACGGCCUCAUUCACGUUGUUCAUGUAUAAAAUCAGUAGGCCUGACUACAGCAUUAUCUUCGUCUCCUCGCCAACACGUCCUAAAAAAGUAAGUGAAGUGAUUGGUUACUGCUUGUUGUUCUACUGCCAGCUCUGCGUGCGAGACGAGGCGUAUUCAUUAGUUGAUUCAGUUGCAAAACGUUUUGUCUGUUGAUAAACGUUUUGCAACAAAAACGAGAGUUUCUAUUGGACACAUUUAGGCAGGUCCCUCCCCACUUCGUUCCGUUUCUGUUUCAUUUUUUCUGUUUGCUUCAGUUUGGUUACUAGAGUAAACUGUUUCCGUUUUGCAACAGACAAAACGUUUUAGAACCGAAUGAUUAAUGAAUACACCCCAGCUGUGUUGACAACACCGACCAUCGUCGAACAACGAAGCAGUGGAUCGUCUGUUACAUAACGUCAUUUGUUGCACUGUCAACACAGUUUGUACUUACAAGAAACGUCUGGCCAAGGUGCAUUGGGAAAGGAUAGCUAGCUAGCUUGUUAACAAUGGCAACCAUGCGUCGUCCAAGGUACUCUCUCCGAGACUCUCUGUACUGGGAUGAGACUGAGUGCCUGACGUACUAUGGGAUGCUCUCUCUACACGAGAUGUUUGAAGUUGUCGGUUCUCAACUGACAGAGACAGACGUUGAGGUGCUGUCAUUCCUCUUGGAUGAGACCUAUCCGGCUGGAGGGCACCCCUUGGACCCAGCUGGCUGGACCAGCGAGCCUGGUGAGGAAGACCCUGAGGCCAGUAAAGGAGUCUCCCCCAGCCCAGUGCUCCUGGAGGCCUGGCGGCGGUUACAGCCCAAGGGUCCUGCCUUGGCCUGCCCUACCGCUGCCCGCCACAAGCCCAAGAGUGGGCUAGAACUGCUGCUGGAGCUGGAGAGACGUGGGUACCUCAGUGAGGGUAACCUGGAGCCCCUGUUGCAGCUGCUGCGAGUCCUGACGCGACACGACCUCCUGCCUUUGGUGUCCCGCAAGAAAAGGAGGACAGUAUCACCAGAACGUUUCAGAGUGGACUACGGGACAGAGGACAGAAGACAGGUUUGCACAUCUGGACUGACUGACCCCUGUGCACAGACAGAAUCACAUGACGAACACGCCACACAGCAAUGGAGGGGGGGUGUUGACUCUGCCAGGCCAACGCCCGCCCCCCUACGGAAGAAGAGGGGUAAAGGCCGCCGCUGGACCAGCAAGCCCACCGCCCACAGGAGAAGAACGGGCAUCCCCGAAACGCCUCCCCCACCUAUACCUGAGAAAGUGACCUGCGACAUUCGUCUGCGUGUGCGAGCAGAAUACUGGGAGCAUGAGUCGGCUCUGCGCGGCGGCGUCUCAUCGGACAAGCAGCAGCCCCUGGAGCGGCAGUUUGAGCUGUUCAGUCGUGCCACCUCCGUGCUGCGCGCCCGCGACCUGGGCUCCAUCAUAUGCGACAUCAAGUUCUCUGAGCUGGACAACCUGGAGGCCUUCUGGGGGGACUAUCUGAGUGGAGCGCUGCUGGAGGCCCUGAAGGGGGUGUUCAUCACAGACUCUCUGCGGAGGGCGGCGGGGAGAGAGGGGGUUCGCCUGCUGAUCAGUGUGGACCAGGAUGACUACGAGGAGGGUCGCAGACUGCUGCUGGACGCACAGGAACAACAGGCCGGCUGCUGGGGACAAGACAGACCCAACCUGAGAAAGCUGGUUAUGGACGUUCGGCUCUGACAGACAGACAGGCAGCUGUGUGAGGUCAUGAGCCCAAGGAUAGAGGAAUGAAAAGGAGAAUAAAAUAUGAAAAGGAACAUUUUUAUUUUUUCUUUCCUUUUUAAGUCUGUCAUGCUGAGAAUAGAGCAUACAGCUACUCCUAGGUCAGGGGAAUAGUCCCCAGGGAAAACAGCCAAACUUGGAGCGAAGGCAAACUGGACUAAAAGACUUGACACACUGUUCUGUUUGGAAUUGAUAACACAAGUUGCGCUGAGCCUAGAUGCCCUCAGGGCACUGAGGAAGAGACUGCCUUUGUUACACACACCAUACAUACAUACAUACAUACAUACAUACAUACAUGCAUACAUACAUACAUACAUACAUACAUACAUACAUACAUACACACAUACACAGAGACAAACUAAACUUCCACUGUAUCUAACAUACACACUCUGUAAAAUCAUCCACAUGAACCAUCAGCGCUGCCUGUAAGACUCAUUGAAGCCAAGAGACAUUUCUUGCUAACAGUGACAGCACAGAUACCAACAGGACUGGGUGCUAAUGUUGAACAUCUCUGGUUAUGUUUGAGGAGCGUGUGAGAUGCCCUGCAAGGCAAACUUCACCCAUCUAAAUAUUAGUUUGAGUUUCCAUUGAAAUGUAUGAUUUUGAAAAGAUGAGCGAGACUGCAGCUCUCAGACACUGGGGGAGAGAUGAUGGGGAAAUGACUAAAGCAUGAGAUUAUGUUUAGACCUUUUGGGAUAGAAUUAGAAAUAGAUGGCGAAGGGAAGACUACCUGAGGACAGUGUAGUGGACAAAUCGCUGGUUCUUCGAGAACCCCAGUCCACACACACACACACCAUGAUCACAAGCCACUGGUAGUCCCAUCACUGUGUGCCAUGCUAACCCAGGGCCUGAUAGCUGUGGUCAGUGGCCAUCUCAUCUCAGAUGCCAGGAGAUGAUAGGAGUGAUUACCUCUCAACCUCAGCCAACCAUGGAGAACUCAUCACAUCCCCACAAGUUGUUGAACAGCAGCUGGGAUAACACACUAGGCUUUGCUCACCCCGGCAGGACAGUGCUUCAGUCAAUAAAACUGAUGUAGAGGAGAUCAAAAUCAGAAGGAUACAUCCUAGUUCCACUCAGCCCUGCCUUGUAGUCCCAACUAGAGUGGCUCACAGAGCGCUGUCUGUCUCUAGUCUAGUCACCCUGGUGGAACUAAUGCCUGAACUCCUCUGAGUGGGAUCAAUAACCCACUCUGUCUCGCCACCACCACCAUGGGAGGAGAAGGAGUAAGGGGAAAGAGAGGAGAGGUAGAAGGGGAAAGAGAGGAGAAGGGGAAAGAGGAAGAGGGAGAAAGAUCCCCACCUCCAUCCCGUCUUUCAGCUCCUGGACCUCCUGGACAGCCGCCUCAUCCUCUGGAGGAUAAGUCUCCUGAUACAACCAGGCUGCCUGGUCUGCUACAGCCCUGUGCCUGGUUCACACGGCCCUGUGUCUGGUUCACACGGCCCUGUGUCUGGUUCACACGGCCCUGUGUCUGGUUCACACGGCCCUGUGUCUGGUUCACACGGCCCUGUGCCUGGUUCACACGGCCCUGUGCCUGGUUCACACGGCCCUGUGUCUGGUUCACACGGCCCUGUGCCUGGUUCACACGGCCCUGUGUCUGGUUCACACGGCCCUGUGUCUGGUUCACACGGCCCUGUGUCUGGUUCACACGGCCCUGUGUCUGGUUCACACGGCCCUGUGUCUGGUUCACACGGCCCUGUGUCUGGUUCACACGGCCCUGUGCCUGGUUCACACGGCCCUGUGCCUGGUUCACACGGCCCUGUGCCUGGUUCACACGGCCCUGUGCCUGGUUCACACGGCCCUGUGCCUGGUUCACACGGCCCUGUGCCUGGUUCACACGGCCCUGUGCCUGGUUCACACGGCCCUGUGCCUGGUUCACACGGCCCUGUGCCUGGUUCACACGGCCCUGUGCCUGGUUCACACGGCCCUAUGGGACCAGGGAUGGAGGACUAAGGAGGCACUCAGGAAAACCUUAGUGUUUUGGUAUAUGUAUUCGUUAGUGUAGCUUUGUAUUGUUCAUAAGAGAAAAUAACAAAAAUACUGUGUGUUCUAGUUCAUUAACUUAGGGUGAACUUUUGUUUAAGUAGCUGGAUAUUUUUAUUUAGGCACUGCGAAGGUGCUGUAUAUUAGUUUAAUAUAUCAGUGGAAAGUUGGAAUUAUUUCAAAUAAAAAUAAAUGAUUUAUCAAAGGUU